CUUGUGCGACUGAUUAUUGUGUCGCGAUGUGGUCCAAAAUAGUGCUUUGUAUUUUUGUGGGGCUCGCUUGCGCCAGUCACAACCCAGGCUGGCAACACAACCAUGAAUACGUCUAUCAAAUCCGCGGCCGAUCUCUCACCGGUUUGGACCAAAUCAGCAGCAAUUAUGCCGGUAUGCUCUUCAAAGCCAAACUUUGGGUAAGACCACGAUCUGACGGACAUCUUGGAGCUCGAAUCACCGAACCCCAAUAUGCUGAAAUUCACUCGGAGCUAUACCGAAGUUGGGAUCAAGAAAUCCCGGAUUCGGAACUUAGCUACAAGCCGAUUUCUCUCUCAUCGAAACCGUUUUUGGUCAAAAUGAACAACAACGCAGUCAGUGACCUUGUUGUUGACAAGUCGAUCACAAAUUGGGAAGCUAACAUGAUCAAAGCUAUUGUGAGUCAACUCCAAUUGGACACAAAUGCCGAAAAUCUUAUUCCUAGCUCGAUCAAUAUUUUGACUCAAGAGGGAUCAAAUACGGCUGUUUUCAAAACAAUGGAAUCCACUGUAACUGGAGAGUCGGAAACUUUGUACGAAAUCCACCCCUUGCCCGAAUAUAUUCUCCAAACAACUCCAUGGUUGGUUCCUUUGAAACAUUUGAAAGGAAGAGGAGAAGUUAUCGAAAUUGUCAAAAACAAAAACUUUACACACAGCAAGGAAACCCCAUCUUACCACUUUGGUUUUCAUGGAGUCGAUCGUUUUGACGUUGAUAAUCAAAUUGGGGAAUUUUUCUCUCGCACUUCAGUCUCUAGUGCUGUAAUCACCGGAAAUUUAGAAAGUUUCACUCUACAAAGCUCAGUGACCUUCGAUGAAGUCACAGUUAACCCAUCUUUGCAAGACAAACAAAGGAGUUCGGCAAGAAGCAUUGUCAACAUCACCUUAGUUUCAAUGGAUGAGCAAAACCAAGAAUUUGAACAAGUGUCAAACCCUGUCAAUGUUGGUCUUGUCUAUCAUUAUGACAACCCUUUCUAUGAAACCAAUGAACCUCAUCUCAGAUCUCAAAGUCGUUCCAGUGAAAGAAGAAACAGCGAUGAAUCUUCUUCUUCUCACAGCCAGGAAACCUCCAAUCAAAUUCGAAGACACAAACGCAGCAUGUCCCAACCUGCCUCAUCCGAAUCCGAUGAAUCAAGAUACGCUGAACUCUACUCUUCAGUCCAGGAAAAACCCCACAUCAAUGAAGCACCUGCCUCACCUCUGCUUCCCUUCACUGUCGGCUAUGAUGGCCAAGCUAUCACCAAAAAGCAAAACAUCAAAGAAAGUGCUCGCAACUUGGCCAAAAAAAUUGGACAAGAGUUCCAACAGUCGCAAAACAUCCCUGAACAAAACACUGUCGGUAAAUUCUUGAUUUUGAGCAGCCUUUUGAGGGUUAUGGACAAGAGUGAAAUGAAACAAGUCGCUGACCAAUUGUACACACAAGAACCACAUGGAGCUGCCGCAGCUGCCUGGGUUGCAUACCGAGAUGCUGUUGCACAAGCCGGAACAGGACCUGCCCUCCUCAACAUUCAGGAAUGGAUCCGUGAAGGGAAAAUCUCAAGGGAAGAAGCAGCGGAAGUUGUGUCAACUGCUGCCGUUUCCGCCAGACAACCAACAGAGAAAUACAUGAAAGUUUAUUUCGAAAUGAUCCAAAAUGACCAAAUCAUGGCUCAACCCUACUUGAACGAAUCUCUGCUCUUGGCUUACACCACUUUGAUUCAUCAAGUUUACGUCAACGAGGAGUAUUCGCACAGUAAAUACCCUGUUCAUAGUUUUGGUUCGUUUAACACAGCUGAAGGGUGGUUCUACGUCAAAAAAGAAGUCAUCCCCUACUUGUCACAAAAAUUGGAUGAAGCUAUCACUAACGCUGACACCAAACAAAUUCAUUUGUACAUCCGGGCUCUUGGAAACAUCGGACACCAGCAAAUUUUGCAAUGCUUUAAACCCUAUUUGGAAGGAACUAAGAAAGCUUCUCAUUUCCAAAGAAUUCUGAUGGUUGUUGCUAUAGAUAAACUGACCAAAAGUAACCCCAAAGUUGCCCGCUCUGUUUUGUACAAAAUCUACCAAAACCCACACGAUUUCGACCAAGUACGUGUUGCUGCUGUGUAUCAAUUGAUGAAAUCUGAGCCGUCAGCUGCCAUGCUUCAACGAAUGGCCUAUUAUACCAAUGUUGAUACAAGCAAGCAAGUAAAUUCUGCCGUAAAAUCUAUCAUCGAAUCAGCUUGUGAACUUCAAGGAUCUCGUUAUCAAAAAAUACGUUCGGCUGCUCACUCUGCUAGGCCCCUAUUAACUUCGCAAGACUUCGGCGCCCAAUACCCCCACGGUAAUUUACGCAGCUUUGUUGAAUACGAAAUGCAAUCAGAAUAUUUGCAAAAAUUCAACUACCUGGUCAGUGAAGACAGCGUUUUGCCUAAAGGAAUCAAUUACUACCUUCAAGGACGUUUCGGUGGAGUCAGACGUUUUGUUGUUGAUAUGCAAUCGAUGGUGUCUAGUGUUGAAGACUUGAUCAACGUUUUUGAACAACAAACGAAAGAAUAUCGUCGUUUGUUGAAGGAAAAACAAGCUGCUCAAAGUGCCAACACUAAAUGGUCAAGUGAACAUACCGCCAACCUUUUCAAUAUGCAAAAUGAACAAAGGGAACAACUUGAGGGAAAUAUUUAUUUCCAUAUUGAUGCUUUGCAGAAAAUGUGGUCGUUUGACAACCGAACUAUCGAGAACUUAAUGCAAAUUGUCAGGGAAUGUGAGCAAGACUUGAAAAACGGAAAACAUAUCGAUUACAACAAAAUGACCGUAAAUUACGAAACCGCGUUGUCUUUCCCUACUGCUUGGGGUUUGCCUUUCAUCUACACUUUCGACGUCCCCACCCUUGUUCAUAUCGAAUCAGAUAUCCGAGCUUCAGCAAAUCCUUCAGUCUGUUCAGAGCAAGGACUCCAACAACCUGAAACUGUUGAUCUAGAAUACAAAAUCAACGCUUUUGUCUCGGGACGUGUUCAAUGUCAGCUCGGAUUCUUUGUUCCUUUCAACCACAAACGCUACAGUUCUGGUUACGACAAGAACUUCCAAGUCGUGGUGCCCCAAAUUUCGGGCAAGGUUCACUUAGAUGUCGAAAACAAACAAGCCACUUUGGAAGCUGAAAACACCGAUUCACAAAAAAAUACAAACUUGAUUCAUUACAGCUCCUGGCCUUAUACUUCCGCCUAUGAAAUUUUCGAAGUCCAGCCUAAAAAUAAAAUUAUUGAAAAGGAAAAUCCUCAUAGAGUUAACACUCUUGUUGGGGACAAAUCCACAGGAAUUGCGUUGAAUUUCAAGAUGAUCAGUAGCCGCCCUAUUGAUUGUGGAUUUUUGUAUGAUAGGCUCCGCAAACAAGAUAUUGUUUCGGCUCUUUUGGGAUCAUGGGUUGAUGAUAAUAUGCAACACAUCCAAAUUGAUUUAAGAAUCGACUCUGAUAAGUCAACAACUAACAAGGUUGUUGUUCAUUUAGGCCACCAACAUACUUACAAUUCGGGUUUGAACCGCAAACCAGCCCCGGAAAUGUCAUCCCGAUACCAAUCCGCUCAAGAAUCUUGGGAAAGACAAAAGGAAUUUUUGAAAAACUGCAGCAAAGACAUUCGUAACGUCUAUGCUCAUGUUGUUGAUGCAAUUGUGCUGUUCCAAGGCCAAAGAAUAGUUAAAUACACUUCAACCCUUGCCGGUGCUAGGAGUGACAUUGACCCCAAAGGUCGCGUUUUGAUGCAAUUGGAAAAAGACAAUCAACACGACAAACCAAUGAGAGUCUACUUUGCCGCUAAUACGAAAAUACCAAACACUAACAGCCUUAACUUGAAAUAUGCCCUAGAAUUUGACCCAACUAGCACCAUCCAAAUCCAAGGUGUCAUAGAAAAGAAUAGCGGCAAUGAUGCUCAAAUUAGUGCCAAAUUGACUUUGUCCAAGAGCGAGGAACGUAAACAAUAUUUGAAAGAGUUACCACAGUAUGAGAAAUGUCAAAAAGAAAUGCAGGAAGGUAACUACCAAUUGCCAUCAUGCGCUAUGUUGACAGCCCAAGCUAACCUUUUGGAUCAAUUUUCGUUUGAUUUGGAUUACCAUAACAUUGACAAGGCUGUGAUUAACAAUACUUACAAGUUGUACAGCGUUUUACGCCACUACAUGUACCCAAGGGUUUCUGAAAACAUUUUGAUGGAAAAUGAACAAGUUCAAAAAGACCAUCUUCAAGUUAGGGGCCAAUUUAGCCCUUGUUUGUCUAGAGUCAAUGCUUCUGUUGUUACCGAGUACGGAAAAGUUGAACUUAAUAAUGUAAAAGUGAACGAUUGGGCUAAAGCUCUUUUGGUGCCGCAUCCUGUACAUCACGUAAAAUCACGUUUGGAAGGAUAUGCCUUUAAUUAUGACACUUACAAAGCAAACUGUAUGAUUGAUAGUAGUGCUGUUAACACUUUGGACAACAGAACAUUCCCCAUUAAUUUGUCCAAAGACUGGGUCGUUCUCCUUCAUUAUGUUCCUCGCAGACCUUCACCAAUCAAAAACCAACCUUACUUGACUGUUCUCGAACAAUUAAACCAACAAAUCGAAAGUUACAUUGUUUAUGGUCGUGCCUACGGUGACGCCAAGAAAGAAAUCAAAAUGGUUAUCCAAUCACCACACACUUUGUCAAACGUGAUUGACAUUACGCUCAAACCCAGUGAAUCGUCAGGUUACCCAAGACUCUUCGUCCAGGGUCAAGAAAUCAAAUAUGAUGACCAAGGCUCUCACAUGUAUGAUGGUUACAUGCAAGUGUACAAACUUCCAAACCAGGAAACCAAAGUGCAAGUCUACAACGCCUUUAGAGUUGUCUACGACGGUGUUCGCGCCAAACUCGAAAUCACUGAUGACAAAUUCCGCGAUGCAUCCCGUGGCAUUUGCGGCACCUUUACCAACGAGCAAGAAACCGACUUUACCCACCCUGGCAACUGCAUCAUCCACAACCCUGAAGUCUUUGUCGCCACUAACACCAUCCCUGAAAAACAACGCACAAAGAGGAUGAACGAAAUGAUGAUGAUUCAAGCCGAGGAGAAAAAAUGCUACCGCAAAUCCGUGCAAUAUGCUAAAAUUGUUUCAGCACAAGACUCUGGAAUUAUGGGUGGUGAGAUGUCCGCCCGGAGUGGAGUCAUGUAUAGGACGCAGUAUGCGCUAUCAGGGGGUCAAACCUGCUUCAGCAUUUUACCACUUCCGGUUUGUAAAGAGGGAUACAAGCAAGUCGAGAGUCUCAACAGACCUGUUCCGGCACACUGUGUGGAAUCAUCGCAACUUGCGAGGUCGCUGAGAAGCCAGAUCGAUCAGGGUGCUAAUCCUAGUUUUAAAUCGAAGCCGCAACAUAGGGAAGUUAUGAUGCAGAUGGCGAAAAGAUGCGAAGCUUAGAUGGGAGAGGCUGGAAAAAUUGUAGAUAGAUAUUUAUAUGAGCAUUCCUAAAAUGUAAAAAAAAAAUAAUAAAAAAAUUUUGGACCAUUUA